UUUAUUUCAAUCAAAAAGCCUAUUGAUCCAGGCCACAUGACACACAGCCACCUCACAUUAAUAAAGAUAAAGGCAAAACACUUUCAAAAAAGAUGAGGUUUUCUUUUUCCGUCGGAAAAAAUAUAUAGAGAGAGAGAGAGAGUGGGAGAGCCUAAGCCAGUGCACGGGUUUCAGCGGUAUUUGAAUAUUUGAUUGAUACUUUCAAAUUCUAGUCCUGGAGGAUCCAAUCAUGGAGGAUUCUAUCACCACCACUCUCGCUCUAGAAUCAUCGACAACGACCCUCCGCCGCCGGAACUCCAUAGCCACAUCCGUGGUCCUGCCCAAGGAACACAGAGUCCCGGCCGCCAAGCGACUUCAGCGUUCGAGCUUCUGCGCUCUCCCAAACGACACCGUGCAGGCGCCGCUAUCCUCGUCAGACUUGGGUCAUCACUCUCAUGGAUCAUCUUCUCUCGUGUCCUACACUUCUCUCAGAGAUUUACUCUCAUCCGCCACUCCACCUUCGGGUUCUGUCUCUGCCUACGAUAUCUCCAUUCGCAAUCGCCUCGUCAAGCGAGCCGCUUCGGCUUACCUCCGGCCAAUGUCUUCUUCCCCCACCACCAGCUCACCCUCCUCCUCCUCCUCAUGCUUCCCUCGCCUCCUACUUCCUUAUCUCAGCUUCUUCUAUCGCCGCUUCGUUUCUGGUGUUUCCUGGAUUUUCCAUCGGAUAUCCCGCGCAAUCUGGCCUCAACCCCAUUGAAGUCACUUCGCUUAAUCAUGGGGGAUGCUCGUUUUUAAUUUCUUUUGUCUGGUUUAAACUUUAAGUACACAGAAUGUUUAUCGCUACUGUAAUUUCCUAAUUCAUAAACUUGUCCCUUUUUUCA